GGGUCCUCCUUCCUGCCCACCCCCGCCCGCCGCCAGUCCUCCGAGCCUGCGCCGCGCCGAUAUCCGCGUUGCUCCCAAGAUGGUGGCGUGGGGCUCGGGCUGAGAGCGAACGAGUUCGGCGAGAGGAGGCGCCACCCGCGGGCCCGGCCCGCCCUCCCGCCCCGCCGGCCUCGCCAAGGCCGCUCGCCUCUCCCUUCCCCGCCCCGCCAGGCCGCGGCCCUGUCUCUCUCCGCCCCGGCGGCUCCACCGGCAGCAGCAGCGGCGCCUCCUCAUCCUCGCCUGCGGCCCGGCCCCGAGCGCGGCGCGGCCCCCGCAUGAGCCCAGGCGGCGGCGGCGGGAGUGACCGGGAGCAGCAGGCCGCGGCGCCCAGGGUGGUGAAGAAUUAGGAGAAGCUGCAGUUGUUCCGCUGAGUGGAACUAAAUGGGUGGCUUCCCUCUGGACCCUCACUUCACUGUCUUAGGUACAAGAACUGUAGAAGCCCACUUUAGAAUUUGAAAGAACAAGUUUCUGCAUCUCUGGAAAGAUAUGCCAUGGAAGUAAUCAGCUGGGGUGGUCCCAGGGCGCUCUGGGCACGAGUAUUGCUGAGUGAUCAUUGGCUGCCACCUGCGUGACAAAGUAAAGGACCAACCCUUCAAUUUAUACCAGUGGAGCCAGAUCACGGGAAACAAUUGACAGAGUUGUUAAGCUUAUGCUUAGCCCAGCGUGAUACAGGAUUGGUGUGACAACUCGUUUUUAAUCAGUGACUCAAAAUUGUGAUCACCCUGAUGUCACCGAAUGGCCACAGCUUGUAAAAGAUCACCAGGAGAACCUCACUCUGAAAACAUUGAAACUAGCCGAAUGAAGCGAGCAGCUGCAAAGCAUCUAAUAGAGCGCUACUACCACCAGUUAACUGAGGGCUGUGGAAAUGAAGCCUGCACGAAUGAAUUUUGUGCUUCCUGUCCAACUUUUCUCCGUAUGGAUAACAAUGCAGCAGCCAUUAAGGCCCUCGAGCUUUAUAAGAUUAAUGCAAAACUCUGUGAUCCUCAUCCCUCCAAGAAAGGAACGAGCUCAGCUUACCUAGAAAACAAUUCCAAAGGUGCCCAUAACAAUUCCUGCACUGACAGAAAAAUGAACAAGAAGGAAAUGCAAGGCCCAAGAGAUGACUUUAAAGAUGUGACUUUUCUAACAGAAGACAAGAUAUAUGAAAUUCUUGAACUAUGUCGAGAGAAAGAGGAUUAUUCCCCUUUAAUCCGGGUGAUUGGGAGAGUAUUUUCUAGUGCUGAAGCAUUGGUGCAGAGUUUCCGAAAAGCCAAGCAGCACACCAAGGAGGAGCUCAAGUCUCUUCAAGGAAAGGAUGAAGAUAAAGAUGAAGAUGAGAAGGAAAAAGCUGCCUGUUCGGCUGCUGCUAUGGAAGAAGAUUCAGGCGCAUCAUCGUCUUCAUCAUCCAGAAUAGGUGAUAACCCACAGGGAGAUAACAACCUCCAAAAACUAGGCCCGGAUGAAGUGUCUGUAGAUAUUGAAGCAGUCAGGCGGGUCUAUGAUAGAUUACUUUCUAAUGAAAAAAUAGAAACUGCCUUUUUAAAUGCACUUGUGUACUUGUCACCUAAUGUGGAAUGUGACUUGACUUAUCAUAAUGUGUACUCUCGGGAUCCUAACUAUCUGAAUUUGUUUAUUAUCGUUAUGGAGAAUGGCAAUCUUCAUAGCCCAGAGUAUCUGGAAAUGGCUCUACCGUUGUUUUGCAAAGCAAUGAGCAAACUGCCCCUUGCAGCUCAAGCAAAACUGGUCAGAUUGUGGUCUAAGUAUAGAGCAGACCAAAUUCGGAGAAUGAUGGAAACAUUUCAGCAGCUUAUUACUUACAAAGUCAUAAGCAAUGAGUUCAAUAGUCGUAACCUAGUGAAUGAUGAUGAUGCUGUUGUUGCUGCUUCAAAGUGCUUGAAAAUGGUUUACUAUGCAAAUGUAGUAGGAGGGGAUGUGGAUACAGAUCAUAACGAAGAAGAAGAUGAAGAACCCAUCCCAGAAUCAAGUGAACUAACUCUUCAAGAGCUAUUGGGUGAGGAAAGAAGAAAUAAAAAGGGUCCUCGAGUGGACCCACUGGAAACUGAACUUGGUGUUAAAACUAUAGAUUGCAGAAAACCACUUAUCCCUUUUGAAGAAUUUAUUAAUGAACCACUGAAUGAUGUUCUAGAAAUGGACAAAGACUACACUUUCUUCAAAGUAGAAACAGAAAAUAAAUUCUCUUUUAUGACCUGUCCCUUCAUAUUGAAUGCUGUUACCAAGAACCUGGGAUUGUAUUAUGACAAUAGAAUCCGGAUGUACAGUGAAAGACGCAUAACUGUACUCUACAGCUUAGUUCAAGGACAGCAGCUCAACCCCUAUUUGCGACUUAAAGUGCGACGUGAUCACAUCAUAGAUGAUGCGCUCGUCCGGCUAGAGAUGAUUGCCAUGGAAAAUCCUGCAGACUUGAAGAAGCAAUUGUAUGUUGAAUUUGAAGGAGAGCAAGGGGUAGAUGAAGGAGGUGUUUCCAAAGAAUUUUUUCAACUGGUUGUGGAAGAAAUCUUCAAUCCAGAUAUUGGGAUGUUCACAUAUGAUGAAUCUACAAAACUGUUUUGGUUUAAUCCGUCCUCUUUUGAAACUGAGGGUCAGUUUACACUGAUUGGCAUAGUACUGGGUCUGGCUAUUUACAAUAACUGUAUACUGGAUGUACAUUUUCCCAUGGUUGUCUACAGGAAGCUAAUGGGCAAAAAAGGAACUUUCCGUGAUCUGGCAGACUCUCAUCCUGUUCUUUACCAGAGUUUGAGAGACUUACUAGAGUAUGAAGGAAGUGUGGAAGAUGAUAUGAUGAUAACGUUUCAAAUAUCUCAUACGGAUCUCUUUGGCAAUCCAAUGAUGCAUGAUUUAAAGGAAAACGGUGAUAAAAUUCCUAUUACGAAUGAAAAUAGAAAGGAAUUUGUCAAUCUGUAUGCUGACUAUAUACUCAAUAAAUCAGUAGAAAAGCAGUUCAAGGCCUUUCGGAGAGGAUUCCACAUGGUGACCAAUGAAUCUCCUUUGAAAUAUUUAUUUAGACCAGAGGAAAUUGAAUUACUUAUUUGUGGAAGUAGGAAUUUAGAUUUUCAAGCACUAGAAGAAACUACAGAAUAUGAUGGUGGCUAUACGAGAGACUCUCUUAUUAUUAGGGAAUUCUGGGAAAUAGUCCAUUCAUUUACAGAUGAACAGAAAAGACUAUUCUUACAGUUUACAACAGGCACAGACAGAGCCCCUGUGGGAGGUCUUGGAAAAUUAAAGAUGAUCAUAGCCAAAAAUGGCCCAGAUACAGAGAGGUUACCUACAUCUCACACAUGCUUUAAUGUACUUUUGCUUCCGGAGUAUUCAAGCAAAGAAAAGCUUAAAGAAAGAUUAUUGAAGGCCAUCACAUAUGCCAAAGGAUUUGGCAUGCUGUAAUAAAUAUAACAAAAGGGAUUAAAAAAAAAUGAUGGUGAUGAUGUCCCUGUCCAAAAAGGCCAUAAGAUAGUGAGCUACAGUAGUCACCUGUGUUUUGUGCCUCCCUUCUUUACUGGGGACAUUGGGCUGGAACAGCAGAUUUCAGCUGCUUAUAUGAACAAAAUCUUUAUUUUUUCUUUUAGCGUGAAAGUGUUACAUAUUCUUUCACUUGUAUGUACAGAGAGGUUUUCCUGAAUAUUUAUUUUAAGGGUUAAAUCACUUUUGCUUGUGUUUAUUACUGCUUGAAGUUGAGCCUUUUUGAGUAUUUACAAGAAAACAAACUGUACUCUCCCAAGGAAAAUAUUGCCAUCAUUUGUAGACCAUGUAACCUUCAAGUAUGUGCUAUAUUUUUGUCCCUGUAUCUAAUCAAAUCAAGAACUGUACUUUUUGAAGAGUUUGCUUUUGAAACUUGAAGUCUUGGAAAACAGUGUGAUGCAAUUACUGCUGUUCUAGCCCCCAAAGAGUUUCUGUGCAAAAUCUUAAGAAUCAAUAAAGAUGGAAGGGAGAACUUGGAAUGUUAAAUUGCAGCCUUGAGAACUUUACUUUAGUCACAGCACAACAAUUAAAAUUCAUUUCACUAUAUGUUGUCUUCACAUGUCUUGUAAUAAACUGUGUUUUUAAUUAGGAAACAUUUCUUAGCAUAUGAAAGGGUAGAAAUUUUAGUUACUUUUUUAAAAAAAGUUUACUGGGGAAAGUGCAUUUUCAACUGAACAGCUUUAGAGUAGGGAGUGAAGUGUUUGGAAAAAAGAUAGGAAGUUUUUGCUAUAUUAUAAACAAAGCAUGUGGAAGUGCACUUAAAAUGAAGUUUUAUUCUUAACUGCCUAUUAUGUUGACAUUUUAAAUAGACAAUCCAAAGUCUUCCCUACGUGUUAUGUCAUCACCGUUUAUUUAAUGAAUCGUUGUUCCUACUUAUCAAGGCACAUGAUCAGUGUUGCAACAUAAUCUAAAGGGAUGGCUACUGUAUUUUAAUCUCAUCUAACAAUAAGCAAAAUUGAACAAUAUUAAACGUAAGGCCUACUUCAUGUUGUACACUUCCAACCAUUAAAUAAACUGUUAGAAAGCAAGUACUAAGGUUAUGUUCAUCUGCUACAUAAAGUAUUCAGUAGGUUUUUAAUUUAACUCUACAAACCAUAUCAGAAAUAAAUCCUUUACCUUUCGUAGUCUGUGUUUAAUGUUAAUUUCUCCUGUUGCAAUAUUCCGAUAAAGGGAUCAUGCGUUUUUAAGAGAAGACAUAGCCGGCAUAUCUCUUUUAUAAUACAAGCUGCAGCGGAUGUGCAGAGCUGAGCUUGUGCCUUGACAACUGCUAUAACUGACUACUACCGAUCAAACCCGUGACUGUGUGGAAUUGGCAUUAAAAGGGAUAGUUUUGAAAUCAUUGGAGAAAGAAAAGAUGUCUUUCAGGACUAUUUUAAUAAAUUCUUUCUAGUAAUAGAAACAGACAACUGUUAUGUGACUAUGAUGCUGAAUAAAACGGUGACCUUUUUUUCACCACGGUUCAGUGAAAAAGAAAACAAGUGACUUCCUUACUUUGACAAAUUGGAUAUUAAAUCAUUUAAUUAGAAAACGUUGUAGUACAGCAUAAUUUGAGGGUUACAGGUAUGUAAAACUCACCAGAAGUGAGCUCUAGUGAUGCGGGAUCCAGCUGUCUUCCCCUCUCAAAUCCAAGCUGCUGGUCUGGACUUGGGGACUGGAACUUGCUGGGGAGGGAGAGGCGCUGGCUGGCCCCUGGUCUUGGAUCUCGAGGUGGCACUUAGGGUAUGCCUUUUUGAAUGUCCACCUCGUUGCCUGUCCUUGAAGAGGAAAAAACAAGAUAGAUACCCUGCCUCUCAGUAGGGCGGUUAACAACAGUUCUUGCCAAUUUCCUUCAGGUUUGGGGCGUCUUUGACUGUAAGUGGUGAGAUCAAGGUUUGCCGAGAACCUUGAGGUGUUUUGUUACAAGUAUGAACCACAUCAUGAUACUGCUGUGUGGUAUGUACUACAUCAGUAGUCUAAUGCUGUUAAGCUAUCGCCCUGUACCUUGUUUUAUUUUGAUGUAGCUAUGGAUGGUGGUUAUACCCAGCUGACAAGUGUAUGAAAUUCAUGCUGGUUUUUUAUAUAGGUCCAAAAGCUGGGCAGACAGCGUAAUCGGAUAGCAAUACAAAGUUCUCUGACUGAAUUGUUGACAUUGUAAAUAUGCUUUUUCUGUCUUCCUUUAGCAUUAAGAUUAAAAUAAUACAUAAUUGUAUUGGCCUUUAAAAGCAUAAGUGAUUUUUCAAGGAAUCAUUCUCAGGUAAGAUACAAGUACUUUAUAUUUGACAGAUUUCCCAUUUAAGUAUAUACCGCCUCCCUCAAAAUGCCACUGUAUUGAAACCUUAUCUCAUUUGUGGUGGCAUAAAUGUGCUAAUUGUCCAGCAGCAGCAGUUGAUAAGGCUUAAAAUAAAUAAAUCUUGAGGUCUUGUAGCUGCAAGCUGCCCUCCUGCCCUGCAGAAGUUCCGGUCAGUCUUCUGUUGCUUGAAAGGUUUGUCAAAGUGGAGAAAAAUGCUGUUUAAGUUUUGUUUGUUUGGGUCGUUUUUUCUGGGCUCCAGGUACACACAGAAUGUCUUUCACCCUCACAUUUUCAUAGCAUUUAGCAAAUUUUAGGUCCAUGAAACUUACCUCAAAAACUUAGGUGUACUUAUGGGUCACUGAAGUACCUCUCACGUGAGCCAGAAAACUCCUCUUCCAAGGUAGCAGUCUGAUGCCAGGAUGCUGGUGCUCUCUCCUCAGGGUGUCCUUAAUAUGUUAACAAGCAAGUAUUUUGCGCAUCUCAGCAUUGUCUCAUUUGACAAGUGACAAAUGCCUCUUUGAGCAUUUCCUUCUGCGCCCUAAUAGACUGCCAAAAUGCUUCCAACCUCAGUGCAAAGGGGACAUCAGAGUUUUAGCUGUAUUUUUUAGUAUCAUGGGCCUCAAAUGACGGUAAUGCCAGAUGCCUUGAAAGAAUCAUCUUAAGUACUGAAAAAAUAUGGUAUUUUUUCAGAUUUUAUUAGGAGUGAAGGAGUAGUUUUGUUUAGCUCUAAAGGUACGUUGGCAGGUGAGUGCAAGAACAGAGCAUCACCUUUUCAAAGAUGAAGGCUCUUGUUGAUAAAAAGAUUUCAGGAACAGCCCUCAGGAGUGAGAAGAGUUCAUCUAACUAAGGAAUAGUGUUUUGUAAACUUCUAACUGGGUUUCUUCCAUUCAGCAGGCAGUAGCCUGAGACAGGACUGUGGGCAGCCAAGGAGACCCUCUCCGGCCCUGUGCUUUGAGGAAAGCUGAUGCAGGAAUGGGCUGGCAAUGAGCCUGGGCCUCCAAGCAGCUCUGUGUUACAGUAGUCAACCCGUGCCAUGAGACAUCCAACAGCGGUCUUCACUGUUGAAGCAGGAGCUUCAUACCACAUGUCCUACCCCACGGGUGUGAUGUACCUGCUGGGCUGAGCCUCCAGAUAGCCUGCAGUGUGGGCCACCCGGACGCUUGCCCAGGUUUCUGCUCUGUGGAGUGGGGCGCAGGUUUCCACGCUGCUGAUGCUCAGGAGGAGGACAGCCCCCACAGCAUCUGCUUUAAGGUGCUUCCCUAGCAUUGUUAUUGCCUAGUACCUCCAAGUAAAUUUUUAAGCUCACCAGGGGAUUAAAAAUUUCCUGAUUGUCUCAAGAAGUUUCAGAAUGAAGAUACUUCAGUCAGGCUGAAUAGUUGAGCUGUGCCUUAUUAUCGUAGAAUCAUAGAGUUGCCUAGGUUGGAAGGGACCUUUCAGAUCAUCUAGUCCAGCCAUCAACCUAAGUCUGACAAGAACCAUCACUAAACCAUAUCUCUAAGCACUAUGUCCACCCAUCUUUUAAAUACCUCCAGGGAUGGUGCCUCAACCACUGCCCUGGGCAGCCUGUUCCAAUGCUUAACAACCCUUUCAGUGUAAAAAUUUUUCCUACUACCCAGUCUAAACCUCCCCUGGCAAAACUUGAGGCCGAGCAGGAACAUCUUCCAACUUUAGCUAUGCAAAAUCGAGCCUUUCCUGACAAGAGUUUAGUUUAUUAUGGCUAGUCUCAGAACCUCAGGGUUUGUCGUAAGUUACCUACAGUUCCCGUUUGUACUUGUGCACAACUUUCCUUAAAAGUUUCAGAAUUAUUGAAGUGAUCAAAGUUGUCACCAAAUCCGUGAGACCAUCAGGGACUUGAAAUGAAUUUUAUUAAGGAUUUCAGUUUUACAUGGUAUCAUAGAAGAGACACUGCUUUGGAAAUAGAGUUGAUACUGGCAUUUGCCUUUAUAUGGGUCACUUCUUAUGCAGAUGAAUUCAUUUGAAAAACCCAUGAAAUAAUGGCAUGUAUUUUUCUCCAGUGCUCCAUCUAAAGAUGUCUUCUGCAGUUGAUUUCUUUAUUAUUUUUUCAUUAACAAAAUUGAAAAGGAUGUCUUGGUGCUGGAUUUCUCUAAGCAUUAAUUUUAAAUGUUAUUUGCUAGCACUGGGCUGUAUGCUGCACAGCUGUUUCUGUCUUCAUAGCUUUGCUGUAAUUAAACCACCAAGCGAGGGGCUGACCGGCGCUCAGAGGGCUUUCCUGCCACUGGUGCGGCAUCCUGAUGUACCGCCUUGUCACUGAAUGUGGGAAUCUCCUUCUUCAUGGUGUCCCAGAAGUCUCCGGUGUGUCUUCGAUUGAGUUUCUGGUAAGUGGCAUCGUGGCCAAGCCUGAAGCGGCGCAACUGCAGUUCACUGCAACUGCAGACCAGGCGGACCAGGGGCUGCCCAGCCUGUUGAAAGCUGCUGUGAUAGAAUGCACGGGGAGCAGAAAAAGCAGCUUUCUCCUUGAUGUGUCCAUGGAUUGUGUCUCCUGCGAGCUUUCCUUUCCAAAGAACAGAAAGUGGGGUAUGGUAGGUGUUGGUUUGGGAUCCCACGUUCUCCUUGGAACAGAAGGAGGGAAUUUCCAACCAACAGGCAUGAGGCUGCAAGGAGAAAAGGCUUGUGAUCUUUGAAAGCAAUAAUCCAUCGUUUUUUUCUUUUUUCACUUUUUUUUCUCUCUCCUUAGAAAAAUGUAGUAUUUCUUUCACUUGGAUGGAAAUUCCCAUUUCUCUGAGACAUUGGUCCCGCUUGCAAUGGCUGGUUUAUGGGAUGGGCCCUGGGCGGGAGCUGGGCUUGGCUGGAGAAGUCCCUCCAGCUGUUGGUUGGUGGGGGAGCGAGUGAAAGGGUGAGAUGGGAGAGGAGGAGAUGGGUUGGAAGAAAAAAGUAACUAGGUGGGAAGAGAAGCAGUUCAAAAUGGAUUUUGAUUGAGCGAGAGACUAGGGAGGAUGAAUGAAGCAGAGGCCUGGUUUGAUUUUAUUGUUUUAACUGAAAGGCUCUUGGGGAGACGAGGGCUGGUGGGAAGGUGGUUUUAAUUGCAGAGGUGCCGCUUUGCGAUACACAAGCGUGGUCUUGUUCUCUUCUGCAGCGUUUGUAGGAUACAUCCAGAGAGUGGUCCUGAUAAAUAACUGAAGUCUACCUAGUAGACGUGGGUUUAUGGAUGUCUGUUACUCGACGUGAAUUCUGCUUCAGGAUUUCUAUGAGGGGAAACUUCUAAGAGACAAGGACAUCAGACACACAAGUAGCGGGUGGGAACUGUUAUUCUAUUUUAGGAUAAUAACAUAGCGUUAGGAACUGCUGCAUUAUCUUCCGGGGGGGCUUUACACAUAGUUUUGAGACUUAAAAAUGAAGCCAGAGCUGACUGUGGAAGUCAGCCGGUGGUCGCUGGAAUGGUGCUGCUGCUCGUACCGGCUUGGUUGGCAACCAGCACUGAGCAAUGUCAAGCGAGGAUAAAAACUGCAGCAGCUUGAAGAUCUGUGGCAGAGCUCUUGUCAUGUGCAAAGCUGACGUGAAGCUUUUCUUCUUACUGUCGCCGAAAGCUCUGCUGUACGUUUCUGCUGUGCCAGUGGGUUCACCCACACAGAGAAAAAUCCCUUACAUCUAGCUUCCCACGGCGUCUUUUUGCUUCCAGAUCUGUGUAGUGCAGCAGCGUAAGUAAAGAUGCUCACAGGUAACCGUACACAAUGGCAACUAGUUGAAUGUUUUUGUUCUAAGUUUUGAGCUGCUGUAAGUUUCGUGCUGCUACGUUUGGUUUAGUUAUUUCCCAUUGCAAGCACUCGAUAUGGGAGCAGCAAGGGAUAGAGAACAGGUGAGCUAAUAUGAUAGAAUUAAUCAUUUUAGUGUUUCCCAAUAUAACUGGUUUUAAUAAAAAAUGGGAAACUCAGCACUAGAACGUUUCCUAGAUGAAAGCAUGUUUUCAAAAGAAUAAUCUCCUUUGUGCUAUGUACAAUGAUGCAUUUUAUUAACUUUUUUUAAUUGCUAUCUGCACACGAAGAAUCCUAUGAACUUUGUAGCACGUCACCUAAAAUAAAGCAGGUGACACUUUGGCCUCACCAGCACUUACACUUUCUUUUCAAAACACAACACAGACUUCUUUGUGAGUGUCUGAUAAGGAUUGUUCUUGGGCCAGGUUUCUUUCCACCUUGAAUCUCUCCGGGGAGGGUCUCAUAUUCCCAAACUAAAAUUCCCAAGUGGGUAUCUCUAACAAAGUUCCUGUCCGGCUGCAGCCUUUGGGCUCUGCCUUUGUCAGGCUCCACUUCCUGCCCCAGCUGUAAUUGCCAGCAGCCAGCCCCGGUGAGAGCGUCGCUCCUGUGCCAGGAGUUGUUCCAGACAGCGGACCUCAGGCCUUCCAGAGGCAAUCCUGCUCCAGACCUGCAGCUUUUUGGGAUAAGCAGUUUGACGUUGUCAUCUCUGCCAGUUUCUUUGAUGGCUUUGCUUUUGGAGAAGAGGCGCUUUCGUGGUGUCUCAGCCCUAGGAAAGGUUUCCUGGGUUCAGGACUCUGUUUCUGGGACCACCCACUGCUGCUGUUGCCACCUUCAGAGGAUGGUUUUAGCCCUUUCUCUCUCUUUUGUGCCCUUGGCUUCUCCCGAAGGGACAGCAGGUGGCCUGAAGCCAGCGCUCUCGGCUGCCAUGUCCCGCUGAAGACCAGGGGUUGCAAUGGGGGAAGCUGGAGGUGCAGAAGCAACUCUGGCCUGCCUGCUGCCUCAGCCUCGCUGCUGCUGGGCUGUGGGUGGUAAAAAUGGGCUGUUUCGGCAGUUUCUUCCCAGCAUCUGCAAGAUGGGAGCCUCCAGCAGCCGUAUCCUGCUGGUUUUCACCUUUCCUCUGGGAAUCUCCCACCCCAAGGCUGGUUGCAGCCUCUGGAGUCUCCCAGUGGCUGAUGGCAGCAUCAGUUGGUCUCAUCACCUGAGUUAACUGCAAUUUUUUUUCCUCCCCUACACAAGUGAGAGUGACGCCUUGUAGGACUGACACCUGUAUGGAGUAGGUAGCUCUGCUGUGCUGCACAACGCUUCUCCCGCCCUCGGCACCGGCGAUGUCCCUGUUGCCCAUGGGUCCGCCGUGGGCCCCUUCUGGCCACCAAAGUUUAAGUGUAAAUCAGUGGUAGAAAACUGCCUGGUCAAUAGAAAGGGGCUUCCCAGCUCGCUUUCCCCGGGGCUCCAGGUCGCUCUGUCUCUUCUGUAGCAGCCUCUCUUCCCUGGCGGCAGGAACCUGAGCCGCCUGGUGCUUCUCCCUGGCUCGGGACACGUCUGUCCCCGUUGCUCUUGGCUGCAGUUUUGAACUGCCACCACCUGCCCUGAGGUGCUGCAUCACUCUUCCCUUGCUCCUCUCCUUAUCGCCCUCAUCCUCCUUCGGCUGCCAGCGCCUGCGGCUGGUGCAGUUCGGGUAUGGCAGGAGGAACCUUUUCAAAGCAGUUGGCCCUGAAACCCCGAACUGAAAGUGUUUUGUUUGGGGCAGCUCCUCUGCCAAACCUGCCCGCUGGCCGGGAGCCUCGCCCGCCCUGUCAGUGCUCUGCUCUGAACCACGCACGGAGAAGCCUGGUCGUGGCUCACAGGACAAAUGAGCUGUGGUGGCAACCAACGUGUUUGGAAAGGCACGAGGCGCUUCCCUAGAAAAGCUCUGCAGCUUUUUGUUGCUAGACAUAAGCCUUUUUUUUUUUCCUAACCUUCCUGCAAGUGUAGUCGGAGGCAGCUGUGUUAUUGCAAGGAGAUGAGGCAUUGAGUUUCCAGUAGUCAGACUCCAUUAAAAAAACCCACCUCUGGAUCAUUUCCUUCACCAUGGAGUGCCCAAAGUCGCUGCUGUAAGAGAGGCUUCCUUGUGCCACGCAUUGGACAAGUACCCAUGAACAAGCAGCCCCGAGGACGUGCUUUAAACAGCAUAAAUUUGCAAGUAAUUUGAAAAUAGUGGGAAUCCCACUGAAGCUUGUUGGAUGAGUUAUCUGCACCGUUCUCCAAGUCAAAUAUUCGUACUUCAGCGGGGAACUGGCAGUCGGUUCUCCUAAAAAGAGUAGAUCUUUGCAGCGUGGUCAGUUUGAUUCAUCAGCCCUGGAGGCAAACUGUGCCAAAAAAAAUAAAAAUAAUCCUUUCGUGCUUCUCUUCCUCCAUCUCUGGAAAGGCAGGUAGUGCCCCUGGGCUCUUGCUGUGCUGCCCCCCUGGAGGGGCUGCUCAGGUGUAGUGGCUGCUGUGGGGUGGCUCCCCUGCCAGGGCCAUGGGGGGGAAAAAACUGUUGGCAAUAAAACCAGAAUGGUUUUAUUGGUUUCUUUUGUUGGUUUCUUUUUAUUCUUGUCAGGAAAGUAAAGAAAGCCACAUCUGGAGUACUGUGUCCAGUUCUGGGCUCCUCUGUUCAAGAAGGAUGGGGAACUGCUGGAGAGGGUGCAGCAAAGGGCUACCAAGGUGCUGAGGGGACUGGAACACCUCUCUUAUGAAGAAAGGCUGAGGGAUUUGGGUCUCUUCAGUCUGGAAAAAAAGACAACUGAGGGGGGACCUUAUCAACGCUUAUAAAUACUCAAAGGGUGGGUGUCAGGAGGAUGGGGCCAGGCUCUUUUCAGUGGUGCCCCGUGACAGGAGAAGAGGCAACAGCCACAAACUUGAGCAUAGGAAGUUCCACCUAAACAUGAGGAGGAACUUCGAGGGUGGCAGAGCACUGGAAGAGGCUGCCCAGAGAGGUGGUGGAGUCUCUGUCUCUGGAGACAUUCAAAACCCACCUGGAUGCGUUCCUGUGCAACCUGCUGUAGGUGACCCUGCUCUGGCAGGGGGUUGGACUAGAUGAUCUCCAGAGGUCCCUUCCAACCCCUGCCAUGCUGUGAUUCUGUGAAAUGACAUGUUAAAACAGACAAAAAGAUGAGAAAAUAAUAGCUAUUCCUCAAGCUGCUCAUCAGUCUGGAAUACAGUUGUGCUUUCCUGAUUUUCCAUGUUAUUGUUCAUCAGUUGCUCUGUUACAGAAAGGUUGAUGCCAGCCACAACAAACGUUAGGGAAAGACAAACGGAAUAGCAACCAUUAGUAAAUUCCUUUCACGCUUCUGCACUUCUGAUUUUAGUAACCUCCCCCCAGUUUACCUAUACAAAUCAGACAGGCCUCUCUCAGAGCUGGACGGUGUCCUCCUCGCCCUCUUGGGAGGACAGCCUUUGGCACGGGAGCUGUAGCCAUUGGCACGGCAACCUGCGCUCUCCCUGCAGAAGCCAAGCAGAAAAGGUAGAGCUGAUGAAGAAUAUCUGUUCAUGAGAACUGCUGCUGCUUCUGGAGUAAUGCUAAUUUUUUUCAUCCUUGAAGCUGAGGGACACCUGCUGCCCUGCUCUUGAGGUUGCAAAAACUGAUUUUGCUUAAAUAAUGUGAGUCUUCCCUCCUCACUCUGCUUUUAGGGCGCAGAGCAGGGAGGACUGCACACACAAACCAGCAGAAUUUUAUUUUCCACAGCGAAGCUGCGAGGGUAGUUGGCAGCGACAAGCCCCGGCCAUUGAUUUGUCAGCUGGAAAGGGUUGCAAAAUCUGCAUUUCAGAAACAAAAGGCCCGGCCAUUUUUAGACCCAGAGUUUGCAUGUCUUUACCGCCCCUUCCAUCUAAGGCAGAGUGGAAGGGAGCAGGGGCUUCCCCAUCCUCCCGGUAAGGACUCCCCAGGCAGCAGCAUCCUCCAUCUCUGGGCUGGGGAGAGAGGGGGAUUCCCGGAUUGAUGGCUUCCCUCAGGAAAGCCGCCACAGCUGAAAUCUUGUGUUUUAGCUGCCUGUACAGUUGCCAGAUCCAUUUAGUGCAUAAUUCAUUUUGCUCUCAGGGAUAUACAAAGGGUUUUUAUGAAUGCUAAAUUAUGUAAACAAGGGUUUGAUUCUUUCUUUCUGUCUGUUCCAGGAUGGAAACAUUAAUAGAAGAGCCAGGGGACUUUGAA